AUGACUCGUUUCAUACGUCUUACUAAUAGUUUUAGUGGUCAUCAUUUUCAAUUUGUUCUAGAUUUGAUAUUAUACGAUACACGUCCAUUUCUACGUCAUGCAAUUACAUAUGUUCCAUGUUUUCAGAAACUUGUGACACAAUAUGAAAAAUUAGUGACUGUUACGAACAACUUUACAAAUGAUGCAACACGACUCAAUUGUAAUCAAUCCGAACAAACAAAAUAUUUAAUGAAGUAA